AUGUGUCAGGCAAAGUUUGGUUUCGUCCUCCUUCCCUGUUCUAGUAUUUGCGAUUUGCGAGGAAACGACCAUCCUGCUGAUUUAUGCCUUGCUUACAGUAGUACACAGCGGACGUACUAUGACUAUGUCGUCCUCAGUCUAACUGGAAUCCGCACAGUUACAUUACUCGGGAUUCGUUUCUUCCUUUUGGUGGCUCGUUGUUUGAGAAGGGGAUGGAAAGUGUUUUCUCUGUGGCCUCCAGGCGAUCAUUUCAUUAAGAACAUCCGCAUUCUCUUCGGAAGGGUGAACGCUUCAGAAUCAGCGGGAGCACAGCAAGGGGACAGUAUGCCGAAUGACAAACGGUCAACGUGUCAAACAGAAUGUGCCAGUGGUCCAGGUAAAUCGCUGAAGUUUGCAUGA